CACCAUUUUUCUCUCAUUUAUCUUUUCGACUUUUCCUUCUCUACAAAUGGGCUCACCCAUGCGGUCUGGUACUCACACUACACACACUCUUCGACUGCACUGACAGUCUAUGAUUAAAGCGCUUUUUGGGUUCAACAAUCCUUCAAUUUUUUUAUCAACGCUCUUCUUACUCAGAGGCACAGCUUGUCUGCACAACCACUAAAGUAAGCUUAAGCUAGACUUAACGCCAAUAGAGAAGAUGGGUCUUACUCAUCUCUUCUUCUUCGCCUUCGUUCUCUUGUCUUCUCUUUCUAGUGCUAAGAUCUCGAGCCAAGUCGGGAUAUGCUAUGGUCAACUUGGGAACAACCUUCCAUCUCCAUCAGACUCGGUGAAGCUCAUUCAGUCCCUGAAAGCCACACGUGUCAAAAUCUACGAUGCGAAUCCAGAGAUUCUCAAAGCCCUCAAGAACACAGACAUUCAAGCUUCGAUCAUGCUCCCCAAUAAUCUCAUCGUCAACAUUUCUUCAAGCCAAACUCUUGCCGACAAAUGGGUUAAAAAAUAUGUCCUCCCUUAUUACCCCGACACCAAAAUCCGAUACCUCCUUAUCGGAAACGAAGUCCUUAGCUCCCCCGAUAACUUGACCUGGGCAAGCCUCGUGCCUGCGAUGCAAAAAAUUAGAUAUUCCUUAAAAACCCUUGGAGCCUCAAAGAUUAAAGUAGGGACUCCCUUAGCCAUGGAUGUCCUGCAAUCUUCGUUUCCACCCUCAAACGGAACCUUCCGAUCCGAUAUUUCGGAUUCUAUCAUGAAACCGCUGCUGCAAUUCUUGAACCGGACGAAAUCGUACUUUUUCGUUGACGUUUACACGUAUUUUGCUUGGAUUUCGGAUCCGAAAAACAUUAAUCUCGAUUACGCACUUCUUCAGGUUACAGAUUUUACCUAUACCGAUCCAGUCAGCAACUUGACCUACACUAGCCUUUUUGAUCAAAUGGUAGAUGCUCUUAUAUUCGCUAUGAAAAGACUUGGAUACCCGGAUAUCCGUAUUUGGAUUGCUGAAACGGGUUGGCCCAAUGGUGGAGAUUAUGACCAGAUCGGAGCCAAUAUUUACAAUGCUGCCACUUACAGUCGGAAUAUCGUCAAAAAACUAACCGCCAGGCCACCGAUUGGAACCCCGGCUCGACCCGGUUGGUCAAUACCUUCUUUCAUCUUUUCUCUGUACAACGAGAAUCAGAAACCGGGUCCGGGUACGGAGAGGCAUUUCGGGUUGUUAUAUCCAAACAGAACAAACGUGUAUGAGAUUGAUUUGAGUGGAGAAACGCCGACAAAAGUGUACAAGCCGUUACCUAAGCCGACUAACAAUGAGCCGUAUAAAGGGAAGAUUUGGUGUGUAGCAGCUGAAAGAGCUAAUACUAAGAAGUUGGAGUCGGCUCUAUCAUACGCAUGUUCUCAGGGAAAUAAAACUUGUGACCCGCUCCAGCCCGGGAAGACCUGCUCUAAACCCGAUUCGUUGGAAUGGCAUGCCAGCUAUGCAUUUAGCUCGUAUUGGGCCCAGUUUAAACGCUCCGGUGGAUCUUGUUACUUCAAUGGGCUCGCUACCCAGACAAUUAAGGAUCCAAGUCAUGGAUCUUGCAAGGUCCCAAGUGUCACUGUUUGAGGAUAGCAUCAUUCACGAUAUGGGUGCCAUUUUCUAUUCUUUUCCACAUAAUUUAGGUUCCAUUUUUUGUUAGGCAAAACGUCCUGCUUGGAAGGUAACUAUUUGUUUAAAUGAUUAUUGAAAACUGGUACUAUUUUUGGCAUGUUUUAUGCAAUACUUCGGGGUUACAACGGCUA